AGGGACGACCUCCCUACAUAGGAUAAAAUCGUUGUCCCCAUAGUGUCCCUUGUUCAGAGGUUCCACUGUACACAGCUGGACUCUCUACUACACCCAGUGUGUUGACUGUUGUCUCUGGUGUGUGUUGCUGCAGGUGUUCCUCUCACUCCCUCCAAUGUGAUGAGAGAAGUGAGGGAGGUGGGGGAUUGGUGGGAGGAGUAUGGACUGGGAGCCUGGCUCUACAUACCACCGUCAAAGAGAGAGGAUAUUAAACAGAAGUUCCCAGAUGAGAUGGAGCAGAAGAAACAGCUGAUAUCACACUGGAUUUACACUGACCCACUAGCAAGCUGGAGGAGACUCAUUAGGGCACUAGAUGUCAUGGAAGAAACCAAGAUGGCUGACUCCAUAAGAUCUUAUGGAGAACCUCUCACUGAUGACAGUCUCACUCCACACACACUGCUACCUGCUGUGUCCUCUGUGAGACAGUUCUGGAGGAGUAAUUUUAAUGAUGAGGGGCUACUGCAGAUGCUUUGUGUCCCCCAGCCAGUGAUGGAUGGUAUCAGGGCCAGUCCAUCACACUCCACAGAAGAAGAGAAGGAUUGCUGGUCUACAGUACUACCUCCAGACUCUACCUGGUGCAUCAUGGGAGAAGAUAGCUGGAGUAUUAUGGAGGAUGGAGGAGCACACAGCCCUGGAGGAAGUCAGACAACAUCUACAUCCUUAUGCAAUUCUGAUACCAUGGCUAUGUUACACACAGGAAAGCUGCCCCACAGGAGCGUACUCAACAAUUCUGCUGCAAUAGCCUACAGAUUGUUACGCACUUCAUCUUCUGCCCAAGUACAUGUAUUCUUAUAUCCCAGCCUCACUCCAUCCAACAUGAGAGCAGCACUGGACACACUGCCAGCAGACAAGUGGGUGAGGUUUGGUGGUGGACUACGUGUCUCAAAGUCCAAGUUGGACCAGAUCAGGUCUCAGUUCACUAGUGAUGAGGAGAGGAGAGAUGAGGUAUCAAAGAUCUCUUCACUGUCUGCUCUGAACUGGUGGGAGUGGCUCACAAGUGGAAGAAGGUGGGACUGGCUCUCAGACUGGACCCUGAUCUUCUCGACAGAAUUGAAGCAGAGAAAAAUGACGUCGAAGACAAUUUGUCAGACACGCUGAAAGAAUGGUUGAAGAAGUCGUAUGACACAGAGAGUUUUGGGGAUCCGUCAUGGAAACUGCUGGUGGAUGAAGUGGCUCAUCCUUUUGGAGGCAAAGACCGUGCCCUUGCCAUGGAGAUUGCUGCCAAGUACAAUGUGCCAGCUCCACAAUAGCCGAACCAACCUCACUUACAUCCAUAUUGAACAUAGCGGUAUCUUCACACAUUAUUAUUGGCUGGCUAAGCAAGCCUACGCAUUUUUCCUUAUUAUAUAUCAUAUCCAAUACUGUCACACUGGCAUGUUGCACAAACAUCAUGUAAAGCAGUUGCGGGAGGUCACUCAGUAGCUAUAUACUACCGUACUUUUCCAAAGUGUUAAGGGAAAGAAGUUGAACUUCACAUUUGAUUACUCACUUUUGAACCUCGUACCUCAACGCUUUUAUAUAAUAGUCUGGAACCCCCUAUAUAGCUAUAAUAUAAUAAUAUUCUGUGAG